AUGAGCGUUGCGGGUCCGAUACACCUCGUUUUCUCCCGCUUGGGAGUGGCACUGGGGACCUCUUGGUCGAUUUGUUGCAGCUCGACUUGGAGUAGUCCGUCGUUGGUGAAAAAAACGUAUUCUUCUGGUUUCGCCUCAUCGGUGGUGGAAAGUUGGUAAUAAUUUUUCGUAUCGAUACUUCUCGAGUCGGCCACAUAAACCAGAAGGAGUACGAGAGAAAGCACUCGAAACAUGUUGAAUUUUCGUCACUUGUGUUAACUUAGUCGAGGUUUUUCCCGGUUUGAUGAGUGUCGUGAGGGAUUCGUGGUUAAAGUAGUGAAAUUUUUGAUGACCCCAGGACCUCUCGGAGAUCAUGCGAAGGCGGAAGCAUUCCGGAUUCUUCCAGUGACCGAAUCCGGGAAAGCGUCGCCGCCAUGUUAGGGGCAACACCGGAUUUCACGUGCAGCUAAUAUGUUCUUAUUGGCUGCCGUCUCAUUGCUACUAAGUGCCGGAUUAGCAGGUUCGAUGCCCGGUGGUCCCGGGGUCCCCGAGAACAUCACCGUAACUUUCCUCAAUCCGACUUCCGUGAAGGUGUCUUGGUCGACAUCCGUCGAAAAUGUGGACAAGUACGACGUCACUUACAAACCGACUGAUGCCAGUUACAGAGUGGUGGCGGUGGUUGCGGGAAAUUCGGACGCUGUGACUUUAAGUGGAUUAAAAGCGGACACUCAGUAUCAAUUGACUGUGACCGCCGUUUGGGCCCGCAAGAGAUACAGAAGUAGGCCAAUCGUCUUCCGCACAUUGGAGCUCAUGUGUGUUCCAGAGCCGCCGCGCUCCUCCCCGCAGCAGGACCCCAUGGCGACGCUUCCGACGGACGCCCCGCCGACGAGGGACGACGCCGAGCCCGUCGACUUGCCCGAGUACACGUACCCGCAAACGAGCUCAACGGUGAGAGGCGUCGAGAUCGGAAUCGUCCUCCUGGUGCUGCUCGUCUGGGUGGCGGCGAUAGCUUUGUUCUUCAAUCGAUGGGGCAAAAUCCGGAUGCUGCUUCCCUAUCAGCCGGAUUACAAACAGGAGCAGCUCAAGGUGCCGGGGACGGCGGCCUGUGCGGCGGCGGUCGCAUCGGGCAACACCUGCACACAUCAUUCCGGCGACCAUCUCUGCCAGCAGUGCGAAGAGACGGAAGAAGCCACAAUUAUGGCUUCGGUUCCAAUUAAAGACAUCGCUGAUAAUCCGUGUCCUCCUGCGCCUCGUAAACACCGUCCCCGCAUAAACUCGGCCAUUUUCGUAUCGAACAGCGGUCCAGGUCUGGAUACGAGGGAGUUUUUCAGGCGCCACGGCUCCGUCUCCCGUCUGUGUAGGAAGGCGCGCAGCGUGGACAACAUCUCCUUGGAGGAGAACCACUUCGGGCUGCCGACGCUGUCGGUGUCGGGGCCGUCGCCGCCCGAAGACGACGACAGGGACGAUGUCCAAGAGACCCAGCGCUUUCUGGAGUAAAUAGGGGUGCGAGUUAGGUGCCAAUGCAGUGACGCUCCUUGGAUCGGUGGUAGUCUAAUUAUACUUAGAACUUUGCCAUUAGGUUUAGUGUCGAUACUGUACUGACAACUACGAGCUUUGUACGAACAUUGACCUUCGGACACACAUAUCGGGUUUGAUUUCAGGAAUUUUUUAAGAAACGGGACCAAAGUCGGCAACCAGAGCUUUAAUCGUGGGCCACAGCGAGCGGGGGGAGGUGUUCGUGCAAUUUCUACAAUUUUUCUAUAGCUUUAACUACUCUAGGGAUUAGUUACGAGGUCCAAACACUGCUAUUUUCAAGCCCUGAGUUGGAGCAAAUGUGCACGGAAGCCGAAAGUCACGAUUUAACUCAAAAAAAAUCAUUUGUGUUUUAGCUUUAAAUUCUUAUCGUGUGUUAUUUAGGUGACUUUCAGGGCUUCCGUAAUGUGUAAUUAAUUCAUCGAAUUACUAGGAAUAAUAAUAAUAAUGGAUGGCUUUUAACAAACAGCUCUCGAUCAAAUUCAAUUCUACCACUUGCCUGUAUCAACGAUCACUUGCUCAAAACUCUGAAUGUCAACACUGGAGAAGUUAUUUUGACGAUAUAUACUAUACUUUUAUACGUAGACGUACUUCCUAACAAUUUCAUUGUGUUUCGGUCUAUUUAUGAUAGUUUAUUAUUGUUGUUUUUCAUUAUCAUUAGUCUAUCUUUUCUACGAAUUGUGUCAUAAUAAUAGAAUAUAAUCGUCGUGUCACUUGGAGGAAAUAUCAUGUGUAUAUAUCAUCGUUUUGAAUUUAUCAAUUGGCUUUACAUAAUGGGUCCAAUACUGACUUGUAGAACCCAAAUUUGUCUACAGUUUUUUUUCUAAUCACUGUGAUUUUAAUGCCUUCAUUUACUUUACAAAAACACUGUCGAGGUAAAGGGUCUUGUAAAAUGCUGUAUAUAAAUUUAUCACAGAUUUCUUUGUGUAAACGCAAUAAAUUAAUACCUAAA